GUGGGUGCAGGCGCUGGGCUCUGACAUCCAAAUCCAACCAGAACCAGUAGCUUCUGGUCAUUCACGAAAAGCUCUCUGGGCUGGCAGGCACUGUCCCGGGCUGUGGGGCCUGGGACCUGAAGCCAGGAUGGGGGAGUCGCCCAGAGCGCGGGGAUGUGCACCCUUCCGGGGCCGGAAGCAGGAAGCCGGCUGCGCGGCCCCUUUAAAAGGCGCGGCGCGGCCGGCCGGAACGGAGCGGCGGAGACACGGGGCGCGCCCGGGAGGCUGCACACGCUGCACCCGGAAGUGUCUCCGGAGAGAGGAAGCCAUCCCGUCGGAGGUGUCUCUGCCAUGGGCCGCAAGAAGAAGCAGCAGCGAGAUGGCGGAGAGCGGCGGCCGCGGCUCGUCCUCAGUUUUGACGAGGAGAAGCGACGGGAGUACCUGACAGGCUUCCACAAGCGGAAGGUGGAGCGCAAGAGGGCGGCCAUCCAGGAAUUGCGGCAGCGGCUGAAGGAGGAGCAAAAGAAGCUGCGCGAGGAGCGCCACCAGGAGUACCUGAAGAUGCUGGCCGAGAGGGAGGAGGCGCUGGAGGAGGCUGAUGAGCUGGAGCGCCUGGUGACAGCGAAGACGGAGUCAGUGCAGUACGACCACCCUAACCACACUGUCACCGUGACCACCAUCAGUGACCUGGACCUCUCAGGGGCCCGACUGCUCGGGCUGUCCCCGCCUGAGAGACUGGGGGAUGAGUCCAAGGAGGAGGUUCCUUCCGUUGAGAAACCGAUCCAAGCCUUACCCAGGAAGUCCAAAGACCCCCUGCUAUCUGAGCGGAUCUCCUCCCUCACUGCGACGCUGCACGCGCACAGCCGCAGGAAGGCCAAGCGGAAGCAUGUCCGUCGCACCCAGGACUCCAAGAAACCUCCGAGUGCCACACGCACCAGCAAGACACAGCGGCGCCGGCUGACGGGCAAAGCCCGGUCCAGUGGGGAGUGAGCCCUUCAGGAGCCCGGAAGGCAUGGUCCAUGCCUGAAACCCAGCCCUGCAGGGAG